AUGCCUCGAAACCAUUUCGAUCGGUCUUUGGACGAGUAUCGGCGGAGUCGGGAACGCCAGCAAAGCCGUGACCGCCGGAAUCGAUUCGAGCUAGACCGACCACUAAAUGAUCGUCCGCGGCGAAGCCGAGACCGGCGGAAUCACCUAAGCAGAGCUUUGGGACGACGGGGGCGCAGUCGCAGCAGUCGCGAGCGCAGGUACGAAACCCCGCGGAGUAGCCGCGACCGGAGGCGCCGCGGCAGUAGAGAUCGCGACACUCGGAAUUAUCGCAGUCGCGACCGCGCCCGGAAUGAUCGGCGGGACGUCGGCUCUCGAUAUGAACAACGGCCUGGUGCGCCCCGGGUGAACGCACGACCGUCACCACCACCUUUGCCAAAGCCACCGUGUGUCCGGUGUUUGUUAGAUCGAGAGUGCAGUAAGGAGAGCCGAGACGUCCGGCAUGAGCGAAGGCAUCAGCCCCGCGAGCAGUGCCGAGACUUCCAGAAUAGUCGCUGCUGGAGGGGGGAGCACUGCAGGUUCUGGCACCCAGUACCCCUGGACGCGGAGAAGUUGCAGCAGCUUGCAGAGUGGGCGGCGGAAAAGAGCGGACCAAGUAGCGCACUGACCAAAGAACGACUGUGCGAAAUCGCGCAGCAGUCGCAGCGGCAAGCGUCUCGUGUGCCGUCGACUACCCUCUACAACAGUGCGGUCGAAAGCGUGCCACCAGGCUGCCGAACACUCGAGGGAUACCUUGAGGCACUAUUCCGGGCCGCCGGAGCGAACGCGGAGCUGUUCAACGUUGACACCGAAACCGCCGAACUGGCGGGCCGGGUCAUCGCGAAACACUGGCCGGAGUUCGAUGCCGUGCGCGUUACCGAAUUCCGGCAAGUGGUGAGAACCUUGUACGAACAGGAUCAGCGCCCGGGGGCGCCGGCGUUUGGGCGGCUGCUUGAAAAUGCACAGGCCAUGACGCCGAAGCAGUACAGCUUCGAACUUACCCCGAGGGAAAACUCUCGGACCAGUUUUCUGAAGCGCUGCCUUGCAAUCUCGAUGGACAAAAGGUAUAGUAAGUGUGUCAGUGCGGAGGUCAUCUUCCUGUGCCGUUCUUGUGUAGUUUUACUUGCUCGCACGACCAGAUCCAGAACCACGAACACAGAUGCUUGCGUAGGUAGCGACAGCCGUGCUGUGAGGGCGCUUUUCAUAUGCUUGUAGAUAGACAGUUUCGGUUGAAUUUCUAUCGAUUUUUCAAAAAUCGAUAUGGGGGGACAAACUAGGGGCGACGAACUGAGAACGGCCUUUUUUCGAGGCCUAGAUAUAGCGGGUUUUUGGCGAGUUGCCCAUUUUCGGGGAGGCUCAGGCGAGGCCCCCUGCGUCUAGUUUCUGCGCAAUAGCAGCGGCGUAAUGCGCCGCAUUCUCUACCUGAGGUUCGCGCCUGCACCGCUUGCAUUGUUUCGAAAACGGCGCGGCGCUCGCGCUAGAAAUACCUUUUAUAGAAUAUCCGCACCCAUUCCGCCCUAAAUAUUGAAUAUCCAGCGCGGUAUCCUAUAUCCACGCCGCCCCGCCGUGGAUAUACACCAGGGGGGCGUAAUAUUUUAUAAAAUGACUGCCGUCGAUUUGGCUCCGGAAAUGGUUGCCAUGGACACAGAAAAUAAAUCCGCGCGCGUGCUUUUGGGCGCGCUGGCGAACCAAAAAAAUCAAGCAACCCAAGAAAUCGGGCCUAUAUCUAGAGACAAAAAAAAGGCCUUUCUCAGUUCGUUUUCGAAUUUUGUCCCCCCAUAAAAAUCGACGACCAUUUAAUCUUCAGGUUUGCUCGAGAAUUUAAUAGUGACGAUCCUGGCCGUCGACGGGAUAGUGUAAUGCGCGCAGCGGGCUUGCUCCCCCUACAUGGUGACUGCACUAGGUGGGCUCAGUUUCUUGUUGGACAGGAUCCCAAUCUGCCCGCUGCACGGAGGGAUAGCAUGGGCGUGAAAGAAGAAAGUGCGGAGUCGUACCUAGCACUGUUCGAACCCAAACCUUUCUCCACAAGAGUGGAUUACCUGCAGGAGUUGCAGAGAGCUCCCAAGCUCUACCCCAAAGAAUUCGCCGGCGACAACGCAGAGGAGCGGGAGCAGCGGGUGCGCGCCGCGCUGCGGGAGUGUUUUGAGUGUCGAUGUUGUGGCUCUUCUUGCAGAUACCACGCGCCAGGACUUGCGGAGCCUUUGUGCUUCCCGUGCUUCGAGGGCGAAUUCGACGUUGAAUUAGCAGCAAUUGGUGACGCGUACGAUCGCUUUCUGCGGGAGAAGUAUGAAGAAUAUUCAGAAAGCUACCCGCAGUAUGAGAGCUUCGAAGCGCUCGCCGGCGGCGAGAGGUACUAUCCUUCCGAGCGACACCGCAAUCAUGCCGGUUGGGACACCGACGCAAGCGCGAAGGACAUCCUACUUGCGGGAUCUGAUAUCAACAUCAAGGCCCCGCCGGAAAGCUUCUGGGAGCCACGGAGAAUACUCCAGUGGGGAAGCACGUUCCAGCGAGAAACCCGGUUUCUGGCCGACCUUCUAGCGAGCCACAAGCCGCUGACCGAAAGCGAACUGCAGGACGAGGCGCAGGCGUGCAGCCGCGGAACGCUACGAGCUCUGUCCCGGAGGUGCGCCGCUGACGGAGAUAGUAUGCAGCGCACGCUCGGAGUCUUCCUGAAGCGUUGCUUCGACGAGAUGAAACCGCACACGAAGAAGAUGAUAUUCCUCAGGUUGCUGAAAAAGCACAAGGUCACUUGCAGGAACAUCAUGAAAACUUUCACCGAAGUUUUUCGCGUCCUGCGGGAACUUCAUUACAGGAGACAAGCGGCGAGGGAUGCGGGCGAGGACCCAGUGAUGGAGCCGCCGCACCUGUGCGAGUUCGAUCGCGCGGCGUUUGUGUUCGACGACACACUUAGCGCGCAGGAAAAAGUCAACAUCGCGUGCCGCUACUACGUCAAGAAGGUGAAGCGGACGGCCCUCGGCGACGGCGAGGAGGCGGAGAGCGAUGAGGCAAGCGAUCGCAGGGUGCUGAUUGCGGACUUCUUGCAUCGGCUGCGGACGGCGCCGCCACCCGGCCGAGCCGCACUGCAGCGCGACUUCUUUGAUUUUGGAACGUUGUACUCCUCGCCGGACAGCCGCGUGUGGAUUUUGACUGGAGGGAAUGAUGGGAAUGUUGGGGACAAAAAUGAUGGCGGUAUUCACGUUUUCGAAGCGCUCCCCCCAUCGUCGUUGGCGGAGGGGGCGCGCUCCUGGUUCGGGCUGCCGCCAGACGCAACGCUGGCGGACGUCCACCGACUGCAGAAGCUUGCGAUCGAACAGUUGUGGGGCGCUCUGGGCGUGACCGCGUUUAGCCAGCUGGUCACCUACAAGGGGCACGCCGACCCUGCCUUGCCGCACGCCGUCGGGGACAAGAUCUACCCAACCUAUGGCGUUGUCGAUUCGUUUCGCGACACUGUCGAUUUUAACCGGCAGGAGAACAAGAAGACCGGCGCCAACCUCGCUGCGCUCGAGGUCUCAGCCGAUCCGAAUCGACAGGCGCCGACCUACCGCGCACUCCUGGAGAGAGUUCCGGUGGCGCGGCGUCCGUCGUUCCGAAAAAUGGUGGGGUUUCGGCAACUGCGGACGCACCAGAACGCAAACCUGUCAAAGGUUGUGUUUGUUGACCAUCUCGGAUUUGACGGCGCCAGGAUGCGGGCGAUAGAGGCCGAGUUGAUUCAGGAAAUCAAGCGGGUGCGGUGGGAAGACGACCCGGAUCCGGGCGCUUUGGUUGCCGAAGCACAGCCCUUCGUGGGCGGAAGCGAGUACUGGAGAUAGAUAGAUCGAUCCGCUCUUGGGUCGCAAAUAAAGGCUAUUCUUAGGCGAAAGCGCCGAAUAGAAUGAAUUCAUCAGAUAGAUCGAUCCGACUCCAUGAAUUCCUUCCCAUUCUUGUCGCAGGUCGGUCCCUCAAGAAGAACUCCCGUAGUAAACUAAACGAAAACGACUAGGCAGUGAAUCAAUCCAAAGCAGUGAAGGAACAU